ACAUGGUGUACUUACACUUUCCAUCGAACUUAACGGAAGAAGAAUUGAUGCUACAGGCGAAGUACAAUAAACUUAAAAGAAAGGUAUAUAAGAGGUUAUGUUUACGUUGUAACGAUCGGUAACACUUGGAUUUAAAGAGAAUGGAUUAUUUCGUUCUGUUGUUUCGUAUUUUGAUGAAUAAAUACCCGAGCACGUUAUUUAAAUAUUUAAAGAAAAAGGCAUUGCAAGACUUAAAAUCACCGAAACAAGAAGCUGAACGUGUGCCGCAAGCACCUAAGCGACCGACAGAAGCCAGAGAUGCUAGAGAAGUUGCUAAAAAACUAAUAAAGUCUGGAGUGAUCACUGCUCCGAAAACACCCAAAAGACCCGAGCAAUCGUUCAAAAGGCCACGCGGAUUGGUGAGAAAGUUAAACAGUACAGAGAAAACGAUAAGCUCCUAUCAACCGUUUUCGGCUACCCAAAUGGAAGAAGAUGAAACGGAAACGGCGCGUCCUAGAGUCAAGGAUUUGUACGACAGUUUCGUGAGCGCUCAAGAUACAGAGGAUCGCGCCAAUGGCGAUAGUCAGUCGCCGGUGAAACAAGAAGUUAAGCCACGUGCUGGGAAUACGAUAUUUGUAUGCGGAUACAAAAUAUCAGAGGAUUUCUUGAAGAAGCAUUUCCAAUCGUUUGGAAAUAUUAUAAAUAUUUCAAUGGAAGCAGAAAAGAAUCGAGGAUUCGUGACAUUUGACAAGUCGGAAGCAGCCGAAAGAGCGAUAAGCGAAAUGGAUGGCACUAUGGUAUCUUCGAUACAGUUAAAAGUAUCGUUAGCACGAAGGCAGCCUAUAAUAGAACCUAUGAACGACGUCACGUCUAGCUCUAUGUGGUCACCGAUCGCGGCGAAUUAUUCUCAGAAAAGUGCGCACAAAGAUAGGAGAGAACUGAAAGUGUACGAGGAAGAUCUUUUUAUAUAAAUACGAUAUCUUAAGUUUGCCUACCUUCUAGAGUAUGUUGUUGUUAUGCAGUUACGAUAUUGAAAUUUUUAAUUCUGAAUAAAACUGUACAGAAUCUUUAAUGUUUUUAAGGUAUUAAAAAAUAUCUUUUUCAAUGUAUACUCCUUAAUGUUUGCGGUACCGCGUUAGUAUUAAUAAAUUUAUAUCUAGUCAAGGAGUCAACUGGUGCGAGGCAUGGUAUUUUAAAUUUUCUCGUAUUCUCGUUACAAAAGAUUCAUGUUAACGACAGAGAGAUAGUUCAUGUAACGCUGGUUUCAGUAAUAGAUAUAUGUAAUUAACAUGUAUUGUUUCUAUACAUAUUCAGCACUUAUUCGUUAAGUACAAGUGUUUUCGUAACAAAUUAUGUUCAAGUAUCAUUUUCUUACAAGUAUCAUCAGUCACUCAUCGCCGUAUAUAGCAUUGGUAUGAAUUUUCAAGCAAUGAAAUUCGUCGUUGUUUGACUUGUCGUUAAUUUUGUAUAAUUAGUAUCUCCGUGAUAUUCAACAAUUGACUGUAUUCGUUAAUUCGAGUUCUUAUUUAUUAUUAUACGCUAUCGCAACGCGUUAGGUCUAUUCCAUCCUGCAUCGAUUCCAUGUAUCUCAUUCUGCUAGAAAUUCGAUCUUGAUAUAUAAAAUUCAUUUAUAAGAAUAAUCAAUUUAAAUAAAUAUACAGUCAGCCGAAAGAGUCUCCGCACGCGAACGUGUACUUUUAAUACUCCAAUGUGUUGUGCAACUUGAAUUGUAUAAGUAUGUAAACGAGAUUAAGGAGUAGUUACGUAAUAAAAUUUUUAAGUAAUA